CCGGCCAUAGUGGAUGAAUGAAGCAACCUUUGGUGUUUUCCAUUUCCACCAAAGGCCAAAGCGAAGAGGCUUUAGGGCUAACUAGUCUACUAGUACUGCCUGGCUAAUACUCACAAAGACAAAGUCCUAGUUUGUGGUUACCCAAAUUAAGCAUCCAUGUGAUUAUCAAGCUUAUACAAUGGAACACCCAAGCAAUGAUGACCAAUGCAAGAGUUCAGUGGUAGUAACAUAUGGGAAUCAAGUUACUGACAAAGUGAAAGAAAGGUCAAGAGACCAAAGAGAACCUCUUCCAGGGGAGCCUAAAUGUGUUAUAUGUAACCGUUAUGGCGAGUAUAUAUGCGAUCAGACAGAUGAUGACAUUUGCAGUUUGGAAUGUAAACAGACUGUCCUCUGCAGGGUUGCCAACACCCAAUUGCCAGUCAACCUACCACCUCCCAAAAGAUUAACUGCUACUGAUGAGUGCUUUUAUGUUCGAGAUUCUGGUAGUAAAUCAGGAUCUGUAUUCUUCUCUAGUGACCAGACUGAAUUGCUUAGAAGCAGACUUGAAAUUCAUGUGAAGGGAGACUUAGUUCCGCCACCUAUCUUGUCCUUCUCUUCAUGUAAUUUUCCUCAAAAGCUCCUCCAAAAUAUAGAGGCUGCAGGUUUUGAAAUGCCAACACCUGUCCAAAUGCAAGCAAUCCCAGCUGCUUUGAGUGGAAAAAGUUUGCUUGUGUCUGCUGAAACAGGGUCUGGGAAAACGGCUUCCUUUCUGGUUCCAAUUGUUUAUCUUUGUGCAAAUUUUCGCUUUGAGCAGUUUAGAGACCGGAAAAAGCCGUUAGCAAUGGUUCUAACACCAACCAGAGAGCUCUGUAUACAAGUUGAGGAGCAAGCUAAGUUGCUCGGAAAGGGUUUGCCUUUUAAAACAGCACUUGUGGUUGGUGGUGAUGCGAUGGCCAGACAACUUCACCGCAUUCAGCAAGGAGUGGAGCUCAUCGUGGGAACUCCAGGCAGGUUAAUUGAUCUUUUAACAAAGAAUGAUAUACAACUGGAUGAUGUAAAGAUUUUUGCUCUUGAUGAGGUGGACUGCAUGUUUCAAAGGGGAUUCCGAGAUCAGGUAAUGCAGAUAUUUAGGGCUCUAUCACAACCCCAGGUUUUACUGUAUUCUGCAACGGUCUCCCAAGAUAUAGAGAAUAUGGUAAGCUCUAUGGCAAAAGAUGUUGCUGUAGUCUCCGUUGGCAAGCCCAACAGGCCAAAUAAGGUUGUGAAGCAACUACCUAUCUGGGUCGAGUCGAAGCAAAAGAAGCAAAAGCUGUUUGACAUAUUGAUGAGCAAACAGCAUUUUAUGCCACCUGUGGUGGUUUAUGUGGGAUCAAGAUUGGGGGCCGAUCUCUUAUCUAAUGCAAUUACAGUCACCAUUGGAGUGAAAGCUUUAUCAAUCCAUGGGGAGAAAUCCAUGAAUGAGAGGAGAGAUAUAAUGAGGUCAUUUUUAAUGGGUGAGGUUCCUGUUAUUGUAGCCACUGGGAUUUUAGGCCGUGGAGUUGAUCUUGUGGGUGUAAGACAGGUAAUUCUGUUUGACAUGCCCAAUUCCAUGAAGGAGUAUGUCCAUCAGAUUGGUAGGGCAUCUAGACUGGGAGAAGAGGGUACAGCAAUUGUGUUUGUAAGUGAGGAGAAUAAGAACUUGUUUCCAGAUUUGGUUGAGAUUCUAAGAUCUUCUGGUGCAGCUAUACCUCGGGAGCUUGUUAAUUCACGGUAUAUGACAGUGACACGCCCAUUCUCCAAUGGCGGAGGCCAGAAAAAGAGGAAGCACAAGCAUGAAUGAAAUUUCCUAAUGUUCUUCUAGUCCGUAUCUGGAUAAGUGUACUAAAGGCAAAGAAUAGUUUUCCCUGAAUUCAGGGCAUGAUUAAGUUAGUAUAGUCCUGGCGGUUAUGUACAUACAAAAGAAAGAGAAAUGGGAAUGAAUGACUCUGUCAUUCAUGCUAAUUCAAACUGAAAAUAAAAAAUUCUUGUAUUCAAUUCAA